AUUCUCGCGGCGUUGCGUUCUGUCUUAGACACUGGUAUGAAUUACUUCGGUAUGACACGUCAUGAGGCAAUGGUGCUUUAUGAUCAAUAUGCUUGGGACAACAGUGACCUGGCCAUCAAAGACAUCACGCGGUACCAAAGCUCCCCUGGGACUGUAGUGAGCUAUAUGAUUGGACAAGAGACAUUCGCAAGGUUAAGAAAACAAGCUGAAAAAGAACUGGGAUCGGACUUCUCACUGAAAGAGUUUCACUACCAAGUAUUGCGUCAAGGAGAAUUGCCCCUCAAGUACCUGGAGAUUCACAUUACGCGGUUUAUAGCAUGCAAGAAAGACUCUUCACGCCCAGGAUGCGAGGAAAUAUUAUCAUAG